CAUAUAAAGACCAAGCGGAUUUGAAUUAAGCACCGGAUAACGGACAGCAAGUGUGCAUCCUUCAGUGGAGGAGGGAGGCAACUGUGUAGUGUCUUGGUUGAGGAGGAGGAGGAGGAGCAGAAUGAGCUAUUCUUGUACCAGCAGAGGCAGCAGCCUGCAGGACCCAUCCACCGCUAAGCAGCCUGCCGGUAAUAAUCCGUCCAGAGACAGCAGCAGUACCGGCAGCCCGAGGCAAACAGCGGCGAUGAGAGUGAAGAAAGGCUGCAACUCCACCGACGUGGUGGGGGUCCCGGUGACCACGGAGGAGGACCUGCUCGGCAGCACGUCGAUCACUCCGGAGGAUGUUCUGGGUCUGCAGAAGAUCACAGAGAAUUAUCUGUGCAACCCGGACGAGAACAUUUUCAACAUUGACUUCACCAGGUUCAAGAUCAGAGACAUGGAGACCGCCACGGUGCUGUUUGAAAUCACCAAACCUCCAUCCACAGACAAAGCAGGGGAGAAGAGAGACGUUGACCCAAAUGCCGGCCGAUUUGUCCGUUACCAGUUCACCCCCGCUUUUCUCAGACUGCGGCAAGUUGGAGCCACCGUGGAGUUCACGGUCGGAGACAUGCCGAUAGAAAACUUCAGGAUGAUCGAGAGACAUUAUUUCAGAGAGACGUUGCUCAAGAGUUUUGACUUUGAGUUUGGCUUUUGCAUGCCCAGCAGCAAGAACACCUGUGAACACAUCUACGAAUUCCCACCUCUGUCUGAGGACAUCAUCAGAGAGAUGGUCCUGCACCCGUAUGAGACGCAGUCCGACAGCUUCUACUUUGUGGACAAUAAGCUGGUGAUGCACAACAAGGCAGACUACUCGUACAGCGGCGGGACGUAGAGACGGCGCGCCGACACGAGAGACAGGUGGAUGUACGGACUGACCUGAGGGACGAUCAGAGUACACUGGUGGGGUUAACAUCCUGUCAAUCCAGUAGUCUCUCUCUCUUUAUUUCUCUCUUUCUCUAUCUCCUUCUGCCACUAAGAGAACGCCAUCCAGAAGACGCCCAUACAGAUGUGCCAGAUGCAAUCUGUGUGUGUGUGAGCAUGUAGAAGUUGGCCAAAGCCUAAAAAAACCCACAAACACACACAGUUCACAGCUUGGUGUGGCGUAGCUGUAACAAGGUGUUUUUCUAACAGCAUAAAUCAGAAAGUAAGCAACUUUUUAGGAAAUAUCAGAUGUUUUUUUGCCAUUUUGUGUGAAGUGAAAAAGGAAAAAACUCUGCAUCUUCAAAUACUGGUAGAAAUUAUUUUUUUCAUUCCUGUAUGUUAGAGUUUAGGAACAAAUAUUGCAUCUAAAAAAUGUGUUUUUAGGACUCAAGUGACAUUUUUGGGGAAAUUAUUUCUGUUCCAGUGAGUGAGCUUUCUGGAGUAAGUGUGUCAGUUUGAAGCAUGAUUACUGGUCUGGUAGAAAUAUAUUCAUUUAAAUGUGUUGGUUCAUCAGACCAGUUUCCUUCUCCCUUUGUUCCUUAUUUAUUCUUUGAAUCGUGUGACGUGUUUUAACCGUAAGGCAUAUGUGUUUAUUGUCUUUGCUCAAAGCACAACAUCUCUACCGAGCCAACAAAUGAGAAGCUUGUAAAGAUGAGCUGAUCAGAUAUGACCAUAAACGUACGUUGUCAUCUGUGUUCUAGUUGUACUUUUCCAGCCAUGUAUCGCUUUGUUAGGCCAUAAAGAAGUUGUUAAAAACUUUUAGUUGUGUGUCCGAGAGUUUGGAAACUCUUCAUAAGAGAAGGAAAUGAAAACUUGCAUUUGUAAAUGUUAUUUUUUCCGAUUUGUGUUGCAAAAAGGAAGAAGAUUGGGGGAAUGUAGCAGAAAUCACCCUUAAAUCUCAUGUUAUUUUGUUUGUGUGCAAUCUAAUCUCUGUUUCUAUGGCAGUUUUUCUCAUGUCUCUUAUGUCCAGAUUUCUGUCUCUCAUACGUUUCUGUCUCGUUGUUUUCAGACACAUUCCAGUUAGUUAGGACCUGAGUGUGUUGAUCUCUUGUUAUUUGAGGGCAUCUAUCACACAGAGAAUCAGUAACUGAACUGUCUUGGGACGCCUCUAAAUUGUAAUAUGCACAUUUGGCACAACCUGUCUCAAAUAGUAUCCAAAUAGUUCUUUUUUUUCAGCAAAUAUUGUCUGAUUUGAAGCACUUGAGAGUCAUUUUUAUGUUUUUAGUGACUCUGCAGUAAACACCACCUGUCUGUUACAGCCAAACAAAUACUGCAAAUUAUUUGCAAAUACUAGUUGAGCCAGGUCUAUGAACAAGUGCAGCUGGUUUAUACUUGGAUGCACCUCUUUGUGUGUUCAGCUCAACACAAGAAAAGGGUGGAAAUGGAUUCAGAUCGUCAUUGCUCAAAGUGAUUUUUUGCAUCUGCACAAGUUGCUGAUUGUGAGUUACAGGGAAUAAAGUAGCAAAUGUGCUAAAAUGGACAGGACACGGCCCUGAAGGGGUUUAUUCCACAACAAUGACCCGCUAGCUGUACAUUAUUCCGCUUAUUACACGGCUACUUACUUAAGAAAUCAAUAGUUUGACACAAAAGCGGUCCGCCAGAGUCUGACAUCAGAAUUGCACCCAUAGCAACGGUCUGUUAUACAUAGCAACGGUCUGUUAUAAAGCAAUAACAGGCCGUAGAAUGCCCUGAUUGACCAAUCAGAAUUGAGUAUUCAACAAAGCCGUGUAAUAAUCAGAGAUAAAUCCAAUUUACUUGAAUGUUAUGUCAAAAAAUGUAACAAAGAUAUGUAGAGCAGAUUUAUUCAUGACUGAUUGUGACUCGUGUGCAAAUUAUUUUUAACUGAUUUUUGACAAUUCAAACGUCGGUUUGACUGAACAAAGGUAAAAUAAAGAUUUAUGGGACUUUUUUGAAAUAUCA